AUGGCAUCGAAAAAGACUUCGUCUCCCUGUCACCAAGGCAUGACGCCGCCGGAUAGCCCAACGAAGGAAUCGACCACGCCUCGAGAUACCGUGGAGGAUCUGAAGUAUCUCUUUGAAAGUGUGCUGCUCAGUCUUACCAACCGAGAACCUCCAAACACUCCUGUCUUCCAGGACCAUUCCCAACCAGGCCCCGAUAUGGUUCAACUGAAGCAGUUGUUAGUGAAGGUCAUCCGCAAAGGAUAUUCUUCAGCUGAGCCUCCCGUGGCAAAUGAGCCUUCUGAGCCUUCUCAGCCUUGCUUUUCCAGCGAUGAGCAGGCAGAGAACGCUCAGGCGGCAGAUGAGAUUGAUCUCGAAAUUCCGAUCUGUACUACACCGGAUGAUUUCAAGUCUUUUGAGAAAUGGGCAUCAAAAUCCCAAUUCAAAACAAUUGUGGAAACCUGGGACAAAGAGGCAUGUAAAUACAAGAUUGCCGAGCCAACGGAGACUAGCAAUGACCUGGACGACUAUGCUGAGUAUGCAUUUGUUGUCCGUGAACGUGUUGACCGGACGUCCAAGGAGGUAGUGCCAUUCAUAGACAUCAAGUCGGAAGGCCUACGCGACAUCCUGCGAGACGUGCUGCACGACAUCAAGGCCGUUAGCCUGAUGGAGGACAAGCCAUCGAUCGAGCAAAAUUUCCUUUUCCAUUUCCUCCCAGAGCUCGACAGAUGUGCGGAGAACAUGGACAACAGCUCGGACCAUGACUCGGCACAUGCGGAGCAUCUCCGCCUGCUCAUCGACCACCUCAAGCAUGCACAUACUUCUACUUUGCAGCGUCUCGAAUCAAUGCUGCAGUACGGUCAUAUUACAUAUGACCUUCUUUGGGCGCUUUUCAAGCCUGGUUGCCAUGUUUAUACCACAUGCAUUGGCACAAAAGAGCCGCGAUGUGUCAGAUUCGACGCGGGGGAAGAGAUGACACAAAAUGACGAGACGUGGUGGAAUCUCGAGUGCCGAUUCUUUGAUUAUGACGGAGUCAAGUUCGGCGAGGCCGGAAUGUUUCUGCGUCUGGCAAAGUUCCGGGGGUCAAAGCCGAUCGAGAGCCUUGAGGCCUUCCCUCUCCGCUACCAUCCAAGGCACGGGCAAAGGCAACGCGUUCUUUAUGAACAAGGGAAGGCUAUCAAAGUCAACGUCAACAGUCGAGUGGGAGUGGACGCCGCAUUUUUUCAUGAAAUGCAGCCAAACUACUCCCGACCUUCACUCCGCGACCUAGCGGUCAAGGAAAAGGAUGGAAUUGCAGUUAUUAACAUAGGUGCGAUGCUCAAGGAGGAUCGCGAGCGGGAGAAGGAGAGAAUGCAAGGAGACGGAGUGGAUGCACAAAAACUGAGCGAGACCGAUUUCUUGGUCGCCUGCCCAACAGUAUGCUGUUUCAGCUUCAAGGAGAAGAUUUUCUUGGAGUGCGCGGUCAGUGCUCUUGAAGACGUGGAUUGGUCACCUGAGUCGUUCGACUGCUUGAAGAUCCCUUUAGAGACCAAGACCAUCCUCUUGUCAUUGGCAAAAACCCGCCUAGGGAUGAUACCGAUGGUACCGUUCGACGACGUAGUUGACGGAAAGGGCCAAGGAUUCAACAUUCUUCUGAAUGGCCCACCGGGAGUCGGAAAGACUUUCACGGUUGAGGCAACCUCGGAGUAUUUCAAGCUCCCCCUCUAUUCGAUAUCCGCAGGCGAACUUGUUGUAGACCACGGAGAUACCAACGCGCUCGAGCAGCAACUUGAAACAGUAUUUAAGAUCGCGAAACAUUUUGAUGCCGUCCUUCUCUUGGAUGAGGCAGACGCUUUCAUGGAGCAGCGUACCUCAUACCACGAUACCCACAAUCGCCUUGUGACCAUUUUCCUCCGAAAGCUGGAAUAUUAUCAAGGAAUUCUUUUCUUGACGUCAAAUCGGGGUAUCCAGUUUGAUGACGCAAUUCUAAGCCGGAUCCAUUUGACCAUCGAGUAUGAAAAUUUGACGAGAGAGUUUCGCAGAGAUCUUUGGUCAAUCUUUUUGUCCAAGGCAUGUACGAUGCAAGGACCUGCCCUCGUUGAGGAGUACGAGCUCCGACGAUUGGAGACUUUAACUCUAAAUGGACGAGAGAUCAAGAACAUCGCAGCAAUCGCACAUGCUCUCGCUGAGGCUGACGUCAAUCAGGUGACCUACAAAUAA